AUGGAUGCCAAAACACUGGACUAUGUGCAACAAAGAACAGUACCCCAUUGUGUGAGUCCGUAUUUUAUAACGCGACGCACAAUUUUGAGUUCAAUUCAAUUUUACACUGCCCUACACAUUCUCUCCACUCAAGUCGGUUGGUUCACAAGUACCUACCAAAAGGACCAUAACAGCAAGCCGGAAAUGGUUGGUCUACUACUCUCGUCAUCGUCCAAUGGCGUAACCCUUAAGAACAAUGAGCUACCCUUUACAGCUAAGGGAAAACAGCAGCCGGGUGAUUCUGGACAGAAGGAGGUAGUUUUGGGAGCGCAGUUGCCCGCACGUGAUCUUCACACACGAGCAAAAGACAAGUCAAUCGAGCAUGAGAUUGAGGACAUAGAAUGGCCUCAGAAUGUCAAGCUCAAUCAAUUGGUUCAAUCUGCGUGGGCAAUACUUUUGUCUUGGUACGGGGAGGCCACCGAUACUGUCUUCGAUGUUGCGUUGCCAAUAUCAAAAAUCGAACGAAUUCCUGUACCCACAACCGCAACUGUUCGUAUUGCGAUUGAAGGAGAUAUGACUCUGGGUGCAUUACAACACCAAAUGAUGUUACCGGCACUGGCAGCAUCACCGAUGACGACUCAAAGCAUCGGCGAGCGGAGGGCUGAUCUGGGCUGGCAAUCCCAAUCGUUGCUCAUAGUGCAAGCCGCUGUCGAAUUGGACGAGGCACAGGCCUUCGACGAAGGACCAGAACUGAACGCAUACGCCAUCACUCUUCACAGCCAAAUAAAGGAUAGUUCUUUACUCACGAAAAUGGGUUUCGAUUCGACUGCGCUCAGCGAGCGGGUCGCAUCGCGAGUCGUGGAUCACUUCAGGCACAUAUUGCGUCAGGUGACCAAGAUCUGCCGUGCCGACACGGCUAGUACGAAAAUCAGCGAUAUAGACGCGAUGACUCCAGAAGACCUCGGCCAAGUCUGGAGGUGGAACGAGAAUGUACCUGAAGAGGUGAACGGUUGCGUUCACUAUCUAUUUUCCCAAAUCGUUUCUCGAUAUUCACAUAAGACGGCCAUAUGCGCUUGGGAUGGCGAGUUGACCUACGCUCAAUGGGACACGCUCUCAACCGAAUUGGCACAUGGCCUCAUCCACAGGGGGGUUUGUCCCGGAGAUCUGCUUCCCUUAAUUUUUGAAAAGUCCAUGUGGGUGGCAGUCUCUCAAUUUGCCGUCAUGAAGGCUGGUGCGGCGUCUGUGGUCAUCGAUCCCUCGCAGACCGAGGCACGCAUCAGGACGAUAAUAGACAUUGCAGGGCCUGGCCUCAUCCUAUGUUCUCCUUCAACAGCUCCUCUGGUUUCUCGCAUCACCGAAAGAAAGCCAUUCGUUGUGCAAAAGGAGACUGUAUCAGGUUUGCUGGAGCAAAGUCGAAAUGCAGUAGGCUUCGAGACAACAUUACCCGCCGUCAAGCCGAGCGACCUGCUCUAUGUCGUCUUCACUUCCGGCACUACAGGUAAUCCGAAGGGUGUAUCAAUAACACAUUCAAACUUUACGUCGGCAAUCAGGCAUCAGAACGAGUACUUGAAUUUCAAACCGACUGCGAGAGUUGCAGAUUUCUGCUCGUACGCUUUUGAUGUAUCAUGGUCCAAUUUCAUCCACACACUCGCGGUGGGAGCUUGCCUAUGCGUACCAUCAGAACAGGACAGAAAGCAUGACUUCGUUGGAUAUAUGAUCAAAAAUGGGGUGACAUCUGUACACCUUACACCGUCGGUCGCUGCGAUCCUGGACUUGGACAAAGUGCCAACGCUUGACACUGUUUUGCUCGGCGGCGAGACUAUAGACUUGGAUAAGAUGCCAUACCUUAGAAACAUUGAAACCAUAAUCAUCUUAUACGGGCCGGCCGAGUGUACAGUGGAUACUACAGGUAUCAUCAUCAACGGUGGUACUACCCACGCUAGCAUUGGAUGGGCGAUUGGAUCAACUACUUGGAUUGCCGACCCAAGCAAGGAUGCCCUUACACCCGUCGGGUUGGUCGGAGAGCUGCUCCUAGAGGGACCACUGGUUGGAGCCGGUUAUCUGAACAACGCCGAGAAGGCGGCAGCCGCCUUCAUCGAGGAUCCAAGCUGGUUACUACGUGGUAGUCCAGAAGUGAAGGGACGCCGCGGACGUCUUUAUCGAACAGGAGACCUGGUACGCUACUCUCCUGAUGGUGAACUGAUUUACGUCGGGAGAAAGGAUACCCAGGUCAAGAUUCGCGGCCAGCGUACCGAGCUAAGCGACGUUGAACAUCAUAUCCGUCGAGUUCUGAGCUCGAUGACGGCUGUGGCAGAUAUUGUCGCCGAAGUCGUGACCCCAAAAGUUACCCAACGUCCAAUGCUGGUAGCCUUUCUAAACAUGCCUACGACAAGCACUGAACAGUUAAGGAAGAAAUCUGCCUCAAUUAUCGAGAUGCUGGAUAGGGAAAUGCCCGGCCAGGUGCCAUCUCACAUGAUUCCAACUGCAUAUAUCCCAAUGACGGACCUGCCAAGGGGGUUGACGGGAAAGACGGACCGUAGAGCACUCCGUGAGAUAGGUGCUGGACUGGACCGCAACGCACUUGCAUAUUUGUAUAACUCCAAUCCUGCACAGCACAUCGAACCCACCACCGAAGCUGAGAUGCAACUCAGGGAUCUCUGGGCGUCAGUGCUCAAUCAUCCAGCGAGCGACAUUGGGAAACACGACAGUUUCUUGCGCAUUGGCGGUGAUUCGAUCGCAGCAAUACGUCUAGCAACUUAUCUCGGACGAAUGGGGAUGUGGUUGACGGUCCCGGAUAUCUACAGCCAGCCACAGCUCAGUGAGAUGGCCAUGCUCAUGUCACAAAGUGACACACCAGCCCCGGAAGUCGUGCGACCGUUUUCCUUAUUGAAAACCGAGAUGGACAGGGAUGAAGCGUGUCGCCGAGUAGCAGAGCUUUGCUGCGUCGGCUCUUGGCAUGUGGAACCUUCACAGAUUGAGGAUAUAUUUCCCUGCACACCGCUUCAGGAGGGCCUUUUGGCCAUGACCGCGAGGAGCGCUGGCAAAUACGUGGGCCAUCGGGUUGCUGAAAUAAAGCCAGAAAUCGACAUAGCAAGGCUAUGGGAGGCAUGGCAAAUAGUUUCUGAAAGAUUUUCGGUACUUCGGACCCGCAUCGUCGACAUGCCAGGCCUGGGACUUGUACAGGCUGUCCUUGAAGAGGCAUUGCAAUGGCAGACCUUCUCAUCUUUGAAGGACUAUUAUCAAAGCAGGAAGAGCGCCGACAAAGAAAUGCAGAAACAUCUCGUCAAAACCACAGCGGUGGGCUUGGGCAUCCCUUUAUCACGUGUCGCAAUCAUACUAGACGAAGCGGCAGGUAAGAGAUAUUUGGCGUUGACUCAUCAUCAUGCGACCUACGACGGUUGGUCUAUACCAUUACUGCAAAAGGAGGUGGAGAAGGCGUACGGGGAUGUGAGGGCAGAACUAUCAUCGCUUCCGAUGCAAAGCUUUGUGAAAUAUGUCAUAAGCCAACGUGGCGAAGAAGGGAUGGCUUUCUGGAAGCAGCAAUUUGCUGAGAUAGAAGCAUCGCCGUUUCUUGCCCUCCCCGCCAAGACGUACGAGCCAAUGGCAGAUAAGUUCAUCAACCAUUCGAUCAAGGACAUCCGCUGGCCCACGUGCGGUGUCACCCCCUCUUCCACGCUUCGUACGGCUUGGGCGACGCUCAUCUCUUGGUACGUGGAUUGUCCGGAUGUAACAUUUGGAGUUGUUGUGUCGGGCCGUCAAGCUCCUGUACCAGGGAUCGAAGUCGUAGCAGGUCCUACCAUCGCCACUGUCCCACUCCGAAUUUUAGUCCGCGGAACAGUCGAGGAACUGCUACAUGAGGUACAAGGACAAGCGAUGGAGAUGAUUCCGUUCGAGCAGUACGGCUUACAGUAUAUUCGUCAGAUAAGCCAGGAGGCCAGAAUUGCGUGUGACUUCCAGACGCUUUUGUUGGUACAUCCAUCAGUCGAGGAAAGUACGGUAGAGAGCCUGGUCUUUGAAGAUACUCUAAAUGAUCAAGCAAAGUAUUCCGGCUCAGAAAACACAUAUGCCAUGAUGCUUACCUGCCAACCAUCCGAGUCAAAAUUGGAUAUGCAGCUGAGCUUUGAUUCGACUAUUGUCGAAGAAGAGGCUGCCGUACGGCUUCUUCAACAGCUGGAGCAUAUACUAGGCCAAAUCGCCUCUAUUGACGGCUCGAGGAACAUAUGCGAUCUCGAAAGAGUCAGCGAGCGUGACUUGCAUGACGUAUGGAAAUGGAAUUCAGCAGUACCGCAGAGCAUCGAGGACUGUGUCCACAAUGUGUUUGCGCAAAGGGUCGCCGAAACUCCCGAGGCACCCGCCGUGUGUGCAUGGGAUGGCGAGCUGACAUAUGUCCAACUCGAUCAUUUUUCCACGUUGCUGGCGGGCCGCCUCCUCAGCUUUGGGCUCGGAGUUGGCCCAGGUGCCAUCGUACCACUCUGUUUUGAGAAGUCAGUAUGGGUGCCUGUCGCAAUCCUUGCGGUCAUGAAAGCCGGUGCUGCGUCUGUUGCUCUGGACACAACAUUGCCUCGAUCCCGAUUGGAGGGUAUUGUGACUCAACUAUCAGCCAAGGUGAUGUUGACCUCGAAGUCUUGUGCAAAACUUGGGGCCGAUAUCACCAAUGCCCUAACGAUGGAAGUGGGAGGCGACCCCGACAAUUUCGAGCAGCUAUAUCAACCGAUUUCCAUUCCGAAAAUGCCCACAGUCAGUGCAUCAUCUGCCCUUUAUAUCGUCUUCACCUCCGGAAGCACAGGCGCCCCGAAGGGGGCGAUCGUUACACAUACCAAUUUCUGCAGCGCCAUGCGACACCACCAACCACAGCUCGGGUUUGAAAGGUCAUCAAGAGUGUUCGACUAUACAUCGUACGCCUUUGAUGUUGCAUGGUCAAAUGUACUGCAUGCACUAACCGUAGGCGCAUGCCUCUGCAUCCCCUCUGAGGACGAACGAACGGCCGACAUCCACGGCUCCAUCAAUCGGCUGCAGGCAAAUUUCAUCCAUCUUACACCGACCGUUGGACGGUUGCUUGAUCCUACAGCCUUAAAUGGCCUCAGUAAGGUUCUGUUCAUUGGUGAGGCGCUCAAGGCUAGUGAUAUAGCCAAAUGGGAGGCUUCCGGUGCCGAGAUCUACAAUACAUAUGGCCCUGCUGAGUGCACCGUCACGAGUACCGUUGAGAGAGUCCAAAGGGAGAGGUCAGAUAGUAGAGUCAGAGACCCCAGUAUCGGCAAAGGUGCUGGCGCGCUUGUUUGGGUCGUUCAACCUCGUGCGCCUGACAGGUUGGCUGCCAUCGGGACCAUAGGAGAGUUGUGGCUUGAGGGGCCGAUUGUUGGUGCAGGCUAUCUGAACAAUCCCGAGAAGACAGCCAGUGCAUUUGUCAAGGACCCCAAAUGGCUAUUGGAUGGGAUUCCAGGACGAGUGCCUGGUCGGCGUGGACGGCUCUACAGGACAGGUGAUUUGGUCUACUAUAACCCGGACGGCUCUCUUGAGUUUGCUGGGCGAAACGAUACGCAGAUCAAGAUCAACGGCCAACGGAUUGAGUUGGGAGAGGUCGAAUACCACAUUCGUCAACUACUUCCGAACAAGGUGGUGCCACAGAUUGUGGUAGACCUGAUCACUCCGGACGCUACUCGAACCCAAACUCUGGCAGUGUUCUUAGUUUUGCCCGACGAUGACACCGCAAAGGUCGAGCUGAACGAGGUAACUGUCCCAAUGAUAGCGACCCUUCGAAAGGAGAUGCCGAAAUUGCUGCCCUCAUACAUGGUUCCCGGCGUAUACAUCCCCAUUUCCCUUCCAAAGCUGCCUAUGACAGCAACAGGGAAGACGGAUAGACAAAGGCUUCGCGAACUAGGCAGAACAUACAUCCCACCGGCGUCUUCAAUUUCAGACGCGAGUGCUUCUAAUGCUAUGCAAACCAAAACAGAAGAAGCCUUGAGGGAUAUCUGGGCUAGGGUGCUUGAUGUCAAGCCUAAUGUUAUCGCUGCAGGUAAUAGCUUCUCUGAGGUUGGGGGCGAUUCGAUCAAGAUCAUGUCACUGGCUAUGGCAAUACACAAGCACUUUGACAUUAACAUUGGGGUACCGCGAUUGAUCCAACAGCAGAAUAGCUUACGUGAACUUGCCGCCGUAAUCGACAACCUGCUACACGGCCAGUCCGUUGAGGAGCCGACACAGCCGACGUCAACUGACCUGGAGCGCGAGAUAGACUUGCUGGUGAACAAGAUUGGCUUUAGCCGUACCGCUACCAGGUCAACGGUCUUUCUCACCGGCUCAACCGGGUUCCUGGGAACCCAGAUUCUCCACUACACACUCACAAAGCGUAUAUUCGACAGGGUCGUGCUACUUGUACGGAGUCUUGACGCACAGAAGGGGCUGGACAGGGUAAUGAAGACGGCCAAGAUCGCUGGGUGGUGGAUGGAAUCAUUUACUUCUGCAAUCGAAGUCUGGGAUGGAGACCUCUCGGCCGAAAGACUGGGGCUGAACAAUUCACAAUGGAGUGCGUUGUGCGGCCGUCCGAGCGCACAUGGAACUAUCGAUGCCAUCAUCCACAACGGUGCCAGAGUGCAUUGGACCACGAACUACGACGGGUUAAAAGACGCGAACGUUGGUUCUACUAUGCAGCUUCUGCAGGCCGCAGUGGCCUCCCCUUUCCUGAAGAGCUUUGUGUACGUCUCAGGUGGUCUCAUUACAGAUAACCAAACCUGGACCGAGGAGGAGGCAAGGAGAGCCAAAGGAUACGACCAAACAAAAUACGUGUCGGAAAGACUUGUGAGCGCUGCUGCCACGCAGUUUCACAAACCACGCACGACCUUCACUGUCAUCAAACCGGGGCGGAUCAUCGGGGACGUAUACACAGGUGUAGCAAAUGCCGACGACUUCCUAUGGAGGCUUGUGAUGGGCACAGUCCGGCUCGGAGCCCGCCCAGUUGACUCAGAGACAGCUUGGCUCUCAGUGUCAGAUGUUCGUCACGUCACAGAGUCCAUUCUAUGGCACGCGGCAGGAAAGAGUCGCGAACAUUUCGUCAACAUCAAGAGGGGAGUAUGGGUCAGUGCCUUCUGGACUGCCGUCGAGGAUCAAUUACAGAUGCAGCUGCGGCCGGUCUCGUGGGGCGAGUGGAUUGAGCUUGCUAGGCAAGACAUGGCGCGGGAGCAAGAACUGCAUCCACUAUGGCCGGUUCAGCAGUUUUUGGGCGCUCUCGGUUCCGAUGUCAAAGUCUGCGAUCAUGAGAGCUACGAGGGGGAAAUGCGAGAGGUGCUCGCAGCUGCGCGACAGAACAUUGAGUAUCUUCGAGGCCAGGGUUUCCUGGAAGCCACCGGUGGAAAGCAGAUCAAUGGCAAG